AUGCCCUCUGAAGCGACGGCGGGGGCCGCCGCCUUCUCCCGCAAGCGGAGCUUCCUGGCGCUGGCGUCCAAGAAGGCGCGGGAGACGCGCGGGCACAGCGAGGACCGCGUGCUGGGCAUGCUGGUGCUGACGGCCAGCCCGGGACCUCCGGGGAAGGCAGAGGAGGCCGGCCAGGCUUGGAGGAAGCACGUGAACGGCUCCUUCCGGGGCUACAGGGUCGGCGAGGUGAUCAACGACCACGACGCGGCCUUGGCCUACGUGCUCGAGUUCUACCCCAGCGUCCUGCCCUCCUUCGCCGCGCUACCCAAGGACCCGGACAGCAGGAGAGCGUGA